AUGGUCAUCACUCAUCCGUCACCAUCCAAUCACCCUCCACCCUUCUCCUCCUACAAUUUCGUUGAGCACCUUGUCACUAAGUGGAUUGCUCGAAAUAAAUCGCCGGCAGACCUAGGUCGCAGUGGGGAUAGGUAUUCCUCUUUGGCAAAUUCCGGGAAAACUUCAUUGGUUGCCACCCUUUUUUAUUUUGACCGGGUAGAGUCCAUAAAGCCAAAAGGUCAUUGUGUUUAUGUAGUUGUGCGUGUGACGAGUGAGGACCCGGAUGAUGGGUUUAAGCCUAUAAGAGGAAAAGUAAAG